AGUUUAUUAAACUCUAAAGCACGUCUUCAUCAUCUCGUCAACGAGAAUCCGAUCCUCGGCCGCACGCGGUUAAGAAAUAGAAAACGCACCACCGAGAAAUUGCCUAAACAUUACGCACAAAUCGAACCUUACUUCUCUCUCUCUCUCUCUCUCUCUGCAAUAUACAUACAUACAUACAUACGAGUGAAGAUAUUAGAGAAAUUCAAUUUCAAGAUCAAUUCUAUUCUAAUUCAAUGGAGGUGGAGGCCAAUUCGCAAACUCAGAUUGUUUCCAGCGAUCGGAGACCCGAUGCUCUUGGUGAUUUCAAUCUUCUUUCGGAUGAAAUCGUUUGUUCGAUACUCAAUUUGCUCUCACCUCGUGAUGUCGCUUGUCUUGCUUGUGCUAGCAGUGUGAUGUAUAUCCUAUGCAAUGAAGAACCUUUGUGGAUGAACUUAUGCCUGAGUAAAGAAAAUCGCAAUCUUCAAUACAAAGGAUCCUGGAAGAGGACAACAUUGCAUCGACUGCAAGUUCUGAAUAAAUAUGAUGAUUCCUGCAAGAAACCUCUACACUUUGAUGGAUUCAACUCGUUAUUUCUGUACAAACGAUUUUAUCGUUGCUAUACGCGGUUGGAUGGAUUUGCUUUCGAUCAAGGAAAUGUGGAAAGAAAAACAGACCUUUCACCAGACGAGUUUCUUCAGCAGUAUGAUGGACAGAAACCUGUUUUAGUUCCCGGUUUAGCUGAAACUUGGAUGGCGAGGAAGACAUGGACUCCAGAACAAUUAUUAAUCAAAUAUGGUGAUACAUCUUUCAGAAUCUCUCAAAGGAGUGCAAAUAAAGUAUCCAUGAAGCUUAAAGACUACGUCUCUUAUAUGCAAGAACAACAUGAUGAGGAUCCUCUCUACAUUUUCGAGGAUAAGUUUGGGGAAGUUGCACCAGAUUUAUUGAAAGAUUACAGUGUACCUCAUCUAUUCCCAGAUGACUAUUUUGAUGUGUUAGAUAACGAUCAAAGACCCCCUUUUAGAUGGCUCAUCAUUGGGCCUGAGAGAUCAGGUGCAUCUUGGCAUGUUGAUCCCGCUCUUACCAGUGCAUGGAACACACUUUUAUGUGGCCGUAAACGGUGGGCCCUGUAUCCUCCUGGAAGAGUCCCUUUGGGUGUGACGGUACAUGUGAACGAUGAAGAUGGUGACGUUGACAUUGAAACUCCAUCUUCAUUGCAGUGGUGGUUGGAUUUCUACCCACUUCUUGCUGAUGAAGAUAAGCCGAUAGAAUGUACACAGCUACCUGGUGAGACUAUUUACGUUCCAACGGGAUGGUGGCAUUGUGUUCUCAACCUAGAGACAACUAUUGCCGUAACUCAGAAUUACGUAAAUUCAAAGAAUUUUGAAUUUGUGUGUUUGGAUUUGGCUCCUGGGUAUCAACAUAAAGGAGUUUGUCGUGCUGGUUUGCUUGCUCUCGAAGAAAACGCAAAAGUAUCUAUGGAAGAAGACAAUUUGAUCUCCUCAGAAUUGACUAGAAAGAAGAAGAAAGUCAAAAUUGAUGAACACAUGGAUGAUUUAAGCUUUGAUAGAAAUGGGUCUGAUUUAGAGUUUUCUUAUGACAUAAAUUUUCUGAAAAUGUUUUUGGAUAAAAAUAGAGACCAUUAUACCUCAUUGUGGAGCACAAGUAAUUGCAUUGGACAGAGAGAAUUGAGAGAUUGGUUAUGGAAGCUUUGGAUUGGGAAACCUGGAUUGCGAGACCUAAUUUGGAAGGGAGCUUGUAUUGCAUUGAAUACCAAUAAAUGGUAUAAGUGCAUGGAAGGAUUAUGUUCCUUCCAUAACAUCUCUUUGCCUGCAGAUGAGGAAAAGUUUCCGGUCGGUACGGGUAGCAAUCCUGUUUAUCUUGUCGGUGACAAUGUGGUCAAAAUCUUUGUGGAGGACGGUUUGCAAGCUUGUCUCCAUGCAUUAGGCACAGAGCUUGAGUUCUACGGUAUAAUGCAAACGUCAGAAUCUAGUUUGAAAAACCACGUUCCUAAUGUUUUAGCAAGUGGGAUUGUUUUCUUUGAAAACGGAUCAUAUAAAAUAAUGCCCUGGGAUGGUAAAGGUGUACCUGAUGUAAUCACAAAACAUAGUACAAUUGAUGAUGUUUUUCCCGACACUGAGUACCCGUUUGGCAUCUGGAGCAAAAAGUUAUUCGAGUAUAAAAAAGCUGGUAUGCCACUAGAGGAACUGGUUAGUUUGGGUGGACACUCAAACAUUUGGCCCUACAUUAUCACAAAACGAUGCAAAGGAAAAAUAUUUGCUGAGCUAAGAGACGUGCUACCAGAGGAGGAAGUUUCCGAUUUAGCUUCCUUUUUAGGGAAGCAGCUACAUCACCUCCAUGUUUUACCUGUUACUCCGUUAAACGAUUUGUCAUAUCGUCAUUUUGAGAAGAAACUGGAGAUGGGCCAUGACAAUGGUACUAUAGAUAAUUCAAUCCAAAAUAUCAAUCUCCCUGCAGCAUCAAAAGUUUUUUUUACAAUACUAAAUAGGAAAAAGAAGGAUGUAUCCAGUCGCUUGACUAAAUGGGGUCAUCCGAUUCCAAGCACAUUGAUUGAAAAAGUAAAUGAGUAUCUCCCGAAGGACUUUGUAGAGUUACAUAAUAUGUUUAAGAAUGAGGAUGGACAGUUCGUGGUGCACAAUUGUUGCUCAUGGGUACACACAGAUAUAAUGGAUGACAAUAUUCACUUGGAGCAAGUGAAAGAAUCAUGGCGUCCUAGCUAUAUUUAUGAUUUCAGCAACAUGUCUCUCGGGGAUCCAAUAUUGGAUUUGAUCCCGAUCCAUCUAGACAUAUUUCGUGGAGACGUUCAGCUUCUGAAGAAGCUUCUAGAAAGCUACAAACUUCCUUUCGGGAAAAGACGUUCAUCAGACGAUGGCUGCAAAGUUAGGCGGAUAUCGUAUCUGACAAUGUGCUACUGUAUCAUACAUGAAGAGAACAUAUUGGGAGCCAUUUUCGGUAUGUCUAAAGAAUUGAGAACAGCAAACUCAUGGGAGGAGGUUGAGGAAGCCGUGUGGGGCGAUCUUAAUAAAUAUUAUUAGCAGGUUGAAAUGGCGAAAUAAAAGAUCACAUAUUUGGAGCCUUCACAGUUUGUGUGUAUUAUUUCUUUACAACAUUUUGUCAUAUUUAUACGUUUGUGUAGUUGCAAUGUGUGUUGUGAUGUGUGUAUUUCAUGCUCAGCAUCAUCAUCAUUAUAUACCAUGAGGUCCAUGAGUAGUAA